CCCUACGUGAUGACGCGGUGAGUCUCCCAUCAUGCCCCGUUGCAGCGCCACCCAGCUGUGAAGAGGCGGAACUGCAGCUUCUGACCCACAUGUGGCCGGACGCCUUCAAAUUUAUCGCAACUACGAGCGCAAAUGCUCAUGAAAGUACACGAAAAGUGUGUGUUUUUGCGCUGAGGAGCGUCCUGCGUGCUAAUAUAUGAUCUGAAGUCCGUGGAAGGACGCGCGCGGAGGUACAGUAAAUCAGGGCUCAGAGCUGCUGUUACCCGGAGCCAGAGAUGCAAGAGGGGCCAGGAAAGGGCGGGCAGAACUCUGAUGAGAGUUUGGAGGAUGAGGAGGCUCCGCGGUGCCCGAUUUGUCUGAACCGACCCAGACGGAUGGAUAGAGCCGUACCGGACUGCUGCAGACACGUCUACUGCUCGGCCUGCAUCCUCCGCUGGGCUCAGAUGGUUCAGUCCUGCCCGGUGGACCGCAGACCCUUCAGCGUGAUCUACCUGCAAGGCUCCUCGCAGCAGCGCAUCAAGCUUCCUGUGAAGGCGCCCAGACUGUUAGAGUCACGUGACACGUGCUGCAGGCAGGAUUGGCCACGAAUGUGUCGCGUCUCUGUGGGAGAGACCGGAAACACGGAGAGAACGCAAGAGAAAAGAGCUACCACCAAACAGAAAUGCCACAGAAAAUUAGGUGAUUUGGAUGCAUCUGUGGAUAAAAAAAGAAAGGUGAAUGGAGACUCAUGCCACUCUCUUCUGCUCACUAAGCAUUUUCACUCAUCACUGCCCAGCCAGCAGGGAGCGACGGUUGGCACACUGACACAGAUCAUGACAGGAUCUGUUGAGGUUUCUGAGGAGGGACCAGACGGCAUCCAGUGGAGGAGAAUAGAGAGAAAACGCAGGUGGCUUCCUGCCUCUGUACCUGUCCUCUCUACAGGUGUGCCCAGGGUAUCACUCCGCUCGCACCUGUUUCUGUCAGCUGUCUCCGCCUCUCUGAAUCUACUGCUUUCUGAAAACACAGUUCCUCAUGGCAUAGUUUGUGCCGUUACCUGCCCCAAAGGUGAAGAGAAAAAGGGAACCAGGGGUUCUGGGUCAAAGACCUCAGUGAAACCAGCAGAAAAUGCUGCUGCCACCAGGCGCUCCUCUAGACACAGUCGCUCUGAGGCUGAGGAUUCCUCAGCCGCACAGUCACAGCAGACAGAUUCAGAUACCACGUCUUCUACACCACAAACCAUAAAUGAUACUCAUGCUUCUACAAGCAGAGGGCAGCAGGGGAGCAAUCCGAGGUCUGGAGCAAAGACGAGAGGACGUCCAAAGAAGGUGAAGAUGGAGAGACAUGAGGAUGAGAAGCAGGAAACUGAGGUUCGAAAUCAUGAUGAAGAUGGAGUCACCGAGAAAACGGAAUCCGAGGAAUCAAAACCGGACCAGAAAGCAAGUUUUGAUCAGAUCGAUAGUGACCAAGAGCUAGACGAUGCGGAGGAGAAGAUGGAGGUGGAGAAUCAGACGAGUCCUGCCGAGGAUGAAUGUGCUUCCCCUGAUGCCAGUAGCCCGGAAGAGGAAACGGCAAAAGUAGAAGAAUUCGUAACCGAGAGUAUGGUUGGAGAUGAAGACAAUCAGAUACCACAAGAAGAUAGCAAGCAAGAAGUGGAGACAAAUGAUGAAGACCAAGUAGAAUUAGUGAAUGUUCCACCAAUACAGGAGCAAGAUUGUCCAUCUCCUUCCUGUGCAGAACUAGAAGAGUCUCAGUCUGAUUCCCAGGAUGCUGAAUCAUCUCUGCAAGCAGAACCAACAGCUGAACCUCCUACAGAUGAUUCAGACCAGAUUGUAGAUCUGAAACCAGAGCCUGACACCACAGAAGACUGUUCGGACGAGCAGGAAUCCAGUAGUCCUCCACCUCUCAAAGAGGACCAUGUCUCCGAACCAUUGGUUCCAGAAGAGAAAGGCGUGCCAGAAUCAAAGGACACUAAUGCAAGUAGUCCUCAGGAUAAUACUGACCUCAUUCCUAUGGAGUGCGAUUCUCCUGCAUCCGAGAUUGAAGCCCACAUUGCUGAAGCUGAAAUGGAUCCCACUGCGAACGUGCCUCAGAUGGACGAUCCAACGCCCAAACUUGACUCUUGUAAGGAGGAAAAAGGCUCAGAUAAGAGGGAGCGGGAGGGACGAUCCCGCAGGUCUCGCUUUCACUCGCCUACGACCACCUGGUCUCCCAACAGGGAGUCUAGGAGCGAAGGGUCUCGCAGAUCAAGGUCUCGAUCACGGGAUCGUAGCCACAAGAGCCGGUCCACGUCUCAAAACCGCGAACAGCAAGAGGAGGCACGGGAUGGCCGGCGGAAUCGGAGCCGGAGCCGUAGUCGUAGUAGGGAGCGGAGUCGCAGGCGACGUAGUCGUUCCAGAAACAGAAGCCGACCUGGACGCCGGAGCCCGUCCCAGGAACGUGCUGAUCACGGCGGCCACUCUCCUCGCAAGAGAGAGUCUUGGGGCGGGGAUGGAUGGCGGAGCAGGGGCGAUGGUCGAGGUUUCCGCAAUUCCAACUGGAGGAACAAUGCGGAGAAACCUGGGCAUUGCUCAUCAAGAGAGCCCGUUUCGUCUGACAACGGCAACUUCCAUGAGGCAUCGCCCGACCGAGGCAGGAGCGAGAACCCGGAUUGGGUGCAAGAGAGGGAGAGGCUUUGGCCAGACAAUGAUUCCAGAGGACGUGAGCCACGAAGGGACGAAAAUGCAGGUGAUCUGCCUGGAGAGUCCUGGUCUCGAGGCGGCUGGAAUGCUGGCCGCGGCAGAGGAGGCGCACACUGGUCAUCUGGCCAGCAGGGCGAGCCAUCCGAUAAUUGGAGGCAACGUAAUUCUUUCUCAGGGACAGCAAACAAUGCAGAUUCUUAUAAUCGCUUCAACGACAAUAGAGCCGUAGGGAAGAGAAAAGAAUCCGAGGGCGCCGAGACGCCACUGGAUCGUUCCGGGUGGUCAUCAGCGUCCAGCUGGGCCGUACGCCGCACUCUCCCUGCUGAUGUGCAGAACUACUACUCGCGCAGAGACAGGGGAGGCGGGAACAACACCUGGAACAGGCAAGAGGAGGAUCAAGGUGCACCAGGAGUCCCGAAACAAGCAGAUCCCCCCCAGAAUGAGCCAAAUGCACCGCUGCCAACAGAGGCGGUGCCAGCCAUGCCCCCUCCCCUGAUGCCCCACCAGAUGGGAGUGAUGGGGGUCCUGCGUUACCCCAUGGGGCCUCUGCUGCCAAGACCUCCAGCCGUGGGUCUGCAGCCUCCUCCCCAGUUUAGCUUGCCCCCUCCAGUGCCAGUGCAGCUGCACCCCACUGGGCAGCUCAUCCAGGUCCCAUCCAUAGCUGUGCAGGCACUGCCUCCACCUCCACCACCUCCUCCACCCGUGCAACAGGGCGGCUUCACAGCAGUACCAUCUGAAAGCCACCCACCUCAGCAGGUGAUGCCCAGUUUUCCUGUACCAGGCAAAGGUUCGUUCAAACCCAUGCCAACCAAAGUAGUUACUGGGCUGCUCAAUGCGGCCCAGCCAUCCUCUACCACCACCCAACCCGCCUCUCACAGCAAGGCCCACGCUGACAGCUCGAAAAAAGAGAAGAAAUUGCAGAUCCAAGAGCGGGCCGUCAAUGAGGUGAAAGCAGCGAUUAAGCCAUAUUAUCAGAAGAAUGAAAUCAACAAGGAGGAAUAUAAAGAGAUUGUACGGAAAGCUGUGGAAAAAGUGUGUCACAGCAAAAGUGGCGAGGUGAACGCCGACAAGGUGGCCAACCUGGUGAAAGCGUAUGUUGACAAAUACAAGCGCAUCCGCAAAAGCAAAUCCGAGAAGAGCUGAGGGUCACUGAUCUGCUGACUGCACAAGUGCAAUUCCUCCAACGCGGGCUGCUGCCGGUGUCACUGACUGGAGCCGUUCUUAACACAUUUACAUACGAGAAUGAAGAUUUUUCUAGAGAUGACAUAUUUUGUUUAAUUUGGAUUUGAUAUAGUGCAAAUGCCCUUUAUUGGAUUGUGUUUCAUGGGUGUGUGUAUGUGUGUGUGUGUAGGGGUGGGGGGGGGUUAAAGAUCUGUAAUGGUGUCGCUCUAAUUGCAUUUUGCUUCGAAGUUUAAAGUAGCAAAGAUAAUGAAUAAUUAAGGCAGAUGAUUCAAGUGGUACGACUGGACCUGUCCUGUCUCUCUCUCUAUGUCUCUCUCAGUAGUCGAACAUAAAGACUUUUCCCUUUAGAAGCAUCGAAACAAUCUGGAGUACAUGUGCAUUAGCUUUAUUAUUCCCUGCAGAUGCCGAAUGCGUGUUUGAGUGUGUGCGAUUAAACAUAAUCUUACGUGGAAAGAACACGGGUAGUUUGCUGGUGAGCUGAGAUGAUUUUGUUGUCAUAUCCAGGUUAAAGUCCUGUACUUCUGUUUAUGCAGUUCAAUCACUGUGUCUGUUUACCCUCCCAGAAGCAAUGAAAUAAACCAGCUCUCUGAAUCUCAUCUUUUGUCCUUUUACUGAGGUCAGAUCAGUUCACUGAGUCGAAUCAGACUUUUGAUAUCUCAAACACUGUCAUUAACCUUAACGACGGCUCGUUAACUCAACUUACCUAGCUUUUUGUUUGCCUGAGGCUCAAAAUUGUCAAUUGUUCAACUCAAGAGUAGCAAAUCCUCUGUUGCGUGUUGAAUCAUUUCAAUGUCUUGAACUCUACAUUGUGGCUAAUGGUCAGUCUGGAUUUGAAUCACUGUUUCCUGAAGUGAAGCCCGAAAACCCGCAGAGAUCCAUCAGUGUCUGAAAACUGAAUCAGUUGAACCAUGAGGUGAAAGUGAUUUGGAAGUAUGUGUGAACUAAGCAUCCAUGCCUUGUGUUUUGAUGUGUACAGACAAUCGCCUGACAGAAAGACGAGUUCGGUUUUACUUGUAUAGUGUGAAUGCGUGGUUCUGGUGCAGGUUGAUGGGUGAAAUAUAAGUUCCAGCACAGUCAGAACAAAGAGAUGUGUGGCACAGUGGUGUGAGCUCUGCUUCAUGGGUCAGAGGCGCAGUUUCAAAUCCCAACCAGAACCAGGAAUUGAAGGCGUGGUGUGAAUGGCUUGGGUCGUGGAGUGGUGGGUUACCCAGAGUCCACUGCAGGGAAACUGUUGACUUAGUACAGAUCCUGGGUAUUUUUAUACAAGUUGACAGCUUGACAUGUAUAACCGCUGCUGGACUGGGCGCCUGGAAAUUAAACAAUUUUUCCUUUGCAAGAGUGAGAUUCGAACUCGGGUCGCUCAGAGGAGGGCGUGACGCGCAGACCACUGAGCCACAAGGGCGAAGUUGUGCUGCCCUAUUUUUUGGAGGGGGGUUCUUUUUUUUUUUUUAUCAGUCUAUGGUUCUGAUACGUCCUUACAUAACAUUUUUGGCCGUUUGAGUCAGUAAAAACUUAUAUUAUAGUCGCUGUUGCGUCUGACAGCCUCAUGUGAGUUUGGUCACCAAACUAACAAACAUCUUCGGAGAGAGCUCCUGACUGAAGCUCUUCUCAUUUACUCUGUGAGUCUUACAGCUCAUUAUAUUCAAGUUAAAUCAUGUUCAUAUUCAAUGGAGUCAGACUCGAAAAGAAAGGCUCGAUUCAGUUGAAAGCAACCAAAUUUCCUGUGUUACAUUUUUAUAUAUUACACUGAUUCAAACUAAUUUGAUAAAGUGUUGAUUCUUUGAAGCAGCAGCAGCAAAAUAAAUAAAUAAAACAAUUUGUUCUUUAAGAAUGUUUAUUGACUGCACAAUUCUGUUACAUUUUUUAAGCAUGCAAAUUAAUUUAACAUGAGUUGUGUGUAUUACACUGCUGCUUACACAUGCUUCUCAUAUCUAAAAAAGUCUGAAUGCCCUCCUGUGGUACUUUGUGUGAAUUACAUUACUGUUACUUCUAGCAUUUAAUUAUUUUGCAUUGAUUUAGUAUACGAUAAAUUGUUUUUUACCAGUUGUUAGGCAGUGAAAUGAACUCCGUUAUAUUUAGUAAAAAUAUAUUUUUA